CUUCGCUCAUUCACGAUUGCUUCCGUGCUGAUAUGUAACAAGAUAACUAUUUGGAGCAAAAGGAAGAGGCUUCAUCCCCUCGGAUUGAGACGGCCACCACUGCUUCCUAGUACUUGCGCGACGCCAUUCAGUUCCAAGCGCCUUCCCUCCGUUCGUUUCUGCGCUGCACCACUGACACCGUCUUCUACAACAUACGACGUUCAUCGCAGACUCAGCCUUUUUGGAAGAGCAUUCAAGGACGGGUGACGACCAGUACUGGGACAGCGGCAUGAUGGCCUCUCUCGGCAGUCUCGGCGCCUCUAUGCGCGCGCUAUCUCUUGGUGGAGCUGCACGGACUUCGAUGUUUUCGGCCAGAGCCACCACCUCUUCGCCCUUACGGCCUACACUGUCUGCAGCAGCUCUGCUACGCAGACCCGAAGGGCCGACUCAAGUACGAUACAAGGGUCAACUUGCACCCCGACGCACAAAGUACCGCAAAGCGCACAAGGGCCGGGUCCCAGUCCCCAUCGGCGGGUCUAUCAAGGGCACCACGCUCAACGAAGGGUCAUAUGGUCUCAGACUGCUGGAGCCUGCCAGGCUAAGCGCAAAACAGAUCGGAUCUGCACAGAAUGCGCUCAAGAGAAAGCUGAAGGUGCUCAGGGGAUCUCAGGUCUAUUUGCGAGUAUUUCCAGACAUUCCAGUCUGCGUCAAGGGAAACGAAACGAGAAUGGGAAAGGGCAAGGGAGCGUUUGCGUUCUGGGCUUGCCGAGCCCCGGUAGGACGUGUGAUAUUCGAGAUCGGAGGGCCAGUCGACAUUCGACCAGAGCUAGCUAGGGAUGCUCUAGCGCUUGCCGCGGCCAAGCUUCCCGUGAAGAGCGAGUUCAUAGACAAAAGCUCACCUCCGAGACUAGGCAGCUUGCUGCAGACAUCUAUUCCAGCGGAGAGCGCCUCGGCGAGAGGUGGUGCAGGAUUGGUCACUCCUGAUCAACCUACUCCUAGUGGUGUCGAUGCUACUAGCUCCGGUACCUCUUCUACGACUAUCGCUACAUAGAAUAGAAUCACCAGCUACGCGUAGCUAUCAGAAGCACCUCGUGACAGUGCUUGAAUUACUG